AUGAAUAAUUCUUUAAAUGAUAAUGAAAAUGAACAAUCAUCGACACCUACUAUGCCCUAUAUGAAUGUUAUCCCAGCUAAUCAAAAUGUAGAAAGCUGGGUUUGGUUAUUCGUUAAUAAAAAAUCUCGAAGGUGUCAAGUUCAAAUUGAAGAUAAUGGUAUUAAAAUUCAAUGCCCAUGGUCUUGUCGAGAAAAAACUAGUACAACAAAUAUUGCUAGCCAUUUAAGAGCCAAACAUCAAAUUAUUGAAGAAAAAAAAGAAUAUCCUUAUACAGGCAAUAACAUUGAAGAUUGUUUGCACAAAGAAUUCCAAAAAUGGAAUAUUACUGAAAAACUUUUUGGUGAUGCAACUGAUAAUAAUGCAGCUAUGGUUAAAGCAAUACAUCCUAUUGCAUCUGAUACAAAAACAAGAUGGAAUAGUACUUUCUUCUUGUUAGAAAGGCUUAUUUAUUUUCGUGAUACACUUCCU